AUGAAGACGACGACGACGAGACGCCAACUCCCCCCCGAACACUACCUGGCCUUAGCAGAGAGCCUCGAUAUCACUCAGCUUCGACAGAAGCGGUACAGCCCGAAAACCCAGGAAAAACUCGAUGAGACCCGUGAUUACUGGGAGAGGUAUUGUCGGCACAUCAAGGUGAACGCGGAGCGGCAAUGGGACUGGAUCUCAGAUUCAGAGGAGACGGUUCGCUUCCUGUAUGGAUUCUUUAGUUGGCGGUGCGAUAUCCGUCGUGGCAAGAACAAUCGACACUGUCCAGGCAUUCGACGCAAAAGCUCACUGGAGACAUUUUGGAAGUGGUGGCACCUUGUCCUCAAACAGGAAACAGCAUCUGGACUCAGCAAAGAUACAAUUGUCAAGGUGGAAGAUGUUGUUGCACGGGUGGCCACAGAGAAGGAGCUGGCGCUCUUUGGGCGGCCAAAGAAGAACAUGUAUAUUGAAGAUGUUGCUGAAUUUGCUCAAGUCAUUCUCACCACCACUGAGAUGACGUUUGUCUGCGGCUGGCAGUGUAUCCAAAUGCUUUUCUUCUUGCAGCUCGCGGCCAUCACCGCGAGCCGCCCGUCGGCGCUCCUCCACCUUCGGUAUCGAGACAUCGUGUUAACCCUGAUCCGAGUUCCAGACGGUGGUCGUCCCCGACUGUUCAUAUUCUUAAAACUGGGUUUUACGAAAAGAUUUCUUGGAGAUAAGGCAUCAAAUGAGUUUAAGAUUCUGGAAAUCAUCUUUGAUCCAACUCUAGUUCUCAGUCCGCAUAUCUGCCUGCUGAUUAUGCUCUUUCACAUUGGAGGAUUCAAGUCAAUUUCGACAACUGGACCAGUGCUAGAUUCAGCGGAGAAACUCUACAGCGUCAAGGUGCUGGAUGGCAAGGGACAGCAGCCGCUGCUGCUAAAGGAUGAAUUACUGGAUAAGUUUGUGUUUUGCCAGACGGAACCAACACCCACCGGGUUUAAAAUUCGCUUGGAUCAGAGGAUGACUCCAUCCAUGGUGAGUUCGCGGAUGCGCCGAGCUGGCGAGAUCACGGGCUUUGAGGAAGUCGCCCAUCCAUACAACCUCCGAUAUGCUGGAGCCAAGGCAUUUAACAACAGCCAGGAAGUUCCAGAGGCUCUUCAGAAUGUCAUGCUUCAACACGCGGAUAUCCGCACCUUUGUCAAGCAUUAUCAGGUGGACGUCGACGUGGACGCGCAGGGCAUAGUCCGGAAAACAGGCUCCCAAACGGCGUUGGUGCGAUUUGCCUGCUCAAUGAGUGCAUCGAUUGACUCCAACCGACCGUACAAGCUCUCUCCAGAAGAAUCACGGUCACUCAAUUACCUCCCAGUUGUCCUUGGCCGACAGGCUACUGUCCGGAAGCGCAAGCGGGAUUUGGAGGAUCGUGAAGCCGAGCUAGAACGUGCCAACAAGGUACUCAGCACACUAAGAAUAUUGUAUGAGAACAGUGACAAUGGGCAGCCAUUCUCCCCUCACUUUAUGAGCAAGAAUAGGAUUAUCCGGGGGGAAGUGAUGGGCCGUGUGGAGCCGCCAUGGGGCCUUGACACAACCAAGGGUGUGACAAUGCUGGAGAGACUGGAAGUUUUCUGUGAUCGGGUAAGGGAAGCAAAGUCGGAGCACAACGGGUCUAUCCGCGAGCUGCGUAAUGAGAAGCAGCGGCAGCGAAACCGACGGAUCCGUGAGAACCUUGAGCGCCAUAAGAAUGAGCAGCCCGUGAUUGACCUUGAACGACAACUGGCUGGCAAGCUAGUGGACACCAAAGUCAUGGACACCUUCAAGCAUGAGGCCUUCAUGCCUCCCGAGCACCUGUUGUUUGUCGACAGCAUGCUGACCAUGCCAGGUGCCUGCCUCGAAGCAGAGUAUCAGCGGCGGAUCAACACAAUCAACGCAGGUGUAGCAUUCUGCGGUGUGGAGGAAGGGCGACCGUUGCGUCAGUCCACCCAGUCCCGCAGCCGGCCAGCGCGUGAUGAUGAUCCCUCCCCUCCGGCCAAGCCGCAGCGGCGCUCCGAGGACGAUACUGAGUUCCUUUUGCGCCAAGCAAUCGAGUCGGUGCAGGUCAAGUCAACAGCUAGUCAGUCCCGGUCCUGCUUUCGGCCUCGCGUUUGCUUCCUCUGCGUUGGGAAUCCCAGUUGCUCAUUGAAGGACCGCAUUAUGAAAUACGCAACACGCGGAUCACUUACAAGGCAUUUUCAGCGAAGACAUAUCAACCCCCCGUGGCCGGCCACUGGAGUUGAGUGCAAUGUUUGUGAGGGAAAGGUGUUCCCGGCCAAAUCCGCCCUUUUAGUCACGCAGAGGAGGCCCAUGGAACAGUUGUUCGGGGUCACGCUCAGGAGAAACUGGCAAUAA